CACCCUUUCUGGAGGCAGUGUACCAUAAGUGCUGUGUAUUUAUUAGAUUAUAUUUUCCCUGCUUUAUUAAAUUUCCCAUUUUUUCUGCCCCUUUCUCUAGAUUCCCAAGUUCUUCAGGAGCCGGGGGAUCGGUCACACUGGUGCGUGGUGGCAUACUGGGAAGAGAAAACGCGCGUGGGUCGGCUGUAUUCUGUCCAAGAGCCCUCCCUGGAUAUCUUCUAUGAUCUACCUCAGGGGAACGGUUUCUGCCUCGGACAGCUCAAUUCAGACAACAAAAGCCAGCUGGUGCAGAAAGUCCGCAGCAAAAUUGGUUACGGCAUCCAGCUGACCAAGGAAGUGGACGGCGUAUGGGUAUACAACCGCAGCAGUUACCCAAUCUUUAUCAAGUCGGCCACACUGGACAACCCCGACUCCAGGACGUUGCUGGUUCACAAAGUGUUUCCAGGAUUUUCCAUCAAGGCUUUUGACUAUGAGAAGGCAUACAGCUUACAGAGGCCUAACGACCAUGAGUUCAUGCAGCAACCAUGGACCGGCUUUACUGUUCAGAUCAGCUUUGUGAAGGGCUGGGGCCAGUGCUACACAAGACAGUUUAUCAGCAGUUGCCCGUGCUGGUUGGAGGUUAUUUUUAAUAACCGAUGACUCGAGACAGAGUGGACUCAUGACAUUUAUAACUACUUUGCUGCUAAUAUUUCCUUCUGAGUGCUUGCUUUUCAUGCAAACUUUUUUGUUUGUUUUGUUUUUUUGUUUUUGUUUCUUUCUGUUUUGAGAAAUAGCUUAUGGAAAGAUUUUUUUU